AUGUCGCUCAUGCCUUGGUUCGGCGGUGGCCGGGGAGGGAUGGACCCCUUCUCCUCCGACCUCUGGGACCCCUUCGGCGCCUCCUGGCCCUUGGACGGCGGCCGCCGCGAAGGCGGCAGCCGUGACGACGCGACCGCCAUGGCUCGCACCAACGUCGACUGGCAUGAGAACGACAAGGAGCACAUCUUCUCCGCAGAGAUCCCCGGGGUGAGGAAGGAGGACGUGAAGGUGGAGGUGGAGGACGGCAACGUGCUCAAGAUCAGCGGGGAGAAGACGCGGGAGGAGGAGCACAAGGGCGACGCCUGGAACCGCGUGGAGCGCAGCUUCGGGUCCUUCAUGCGCCGGUUCCGCCUGCCGGAGAACGCCAAGGCGGACGGCAUCCGGUGCACCAUGCAGGACGGCGUGCUCAGGGUCGUCGUGCCCAAGGACGAGGAGGCCCAGAAGCAGCGCAACGUCCGCUCCAUCGACAUCGCCUAA